ACAUCUAGUGCCGUUGUCACGCCACAUGUCGUUGUCACCGAGGUUUCGAGCUGGCCUUCGCUCCCGACCGUCAAAUGGGCAUAUUAGUUUCAUUCCACAGAUAAGGAAACUAGUGUUUGAGUUUUGCGAGUCGUGGCCAACUUCGAAACCUCUUCGGGAGGUGUUGCGCGAGAAUGUUGAGUUACUGGCUCGCGAGAAUCCGCACGUUGAGAUCAUGGUCAAGAAGCGGAUGUACAAAGAGCCGAUAAUCAGAGGGUUUUACUUGAAUGACCGUACAAAAGUUAUAUGUCUGAAGGGUUUCGAUCAGAGGGGCGUCAUGGAUAAAAUCCAGUUGUUGCUCGAUUCGUCUGGGGCCAAAAUAAAACCUUUGAAAGGGAGACCCGUGCAAUCCACGACUGAUAGCGCCCGUGGGAUAUGGAGUGGAUUGCAUGUGGAGGAAACAUUCAAGAUAUAGUCUCCUAUCACACUAUCAGCAUUCUCCUCAUUUGUCAUAUUUUGGUGUGGCACUUGCACAAUACCGCACCAAGAGAGGCUAGAACAUAUCGCAAUAGCGCAAUCUAGUCGCUCAGACAGAUGCCGGACAAUCAUCCGACCUUUAGGCUUAGU